AUGGUCCGAUAUUGCGAUAAGCGCGGCCGGACGAUCGGAACUUCUGCUGAGGGUCGUGCGAUUAAUGCGAUUCGCAUUUCUUAUGGGAAUCAGGCCAAUCGUCCUAUGGUGAUCAUCGAUGGAGGUCUGCGGGCCCGCGAAUGGACCUCAACCAUGGUGGCGAUGUUUGUGAUCCACGAGUUCAUCGAGCAUCCUGAUCACUUCACCGAUAUUUUGGAUGAAAUCAACUUCCUCGUCAUUCCGGUGGCUAAUCCCGAUGGUUACGCGUUUUCGCACACCACCACCCGUAUGUGGGUCAAGUCCCGACGUGCCGUCGGUAACGGAUGCUUUGGCGUUGAUCUGAACCGUAACUUUGGCUACCAAUGGUCAUCUACUGGAGCUAGUGACCCCUGUGCCGACAACUACGCCGGAACUGCUGCCUUCUCGGAGCCGGAAACCCAAGCUCUCCGUAGCGUCAUCGAACGCAACAGUGCCAACCUGAAGCUGUACCUGAGCAUCCAGGCCGCCGAGAAGAUGGUGCUGUAUCCGUUCUCCUACAACGGACUGCGUAGUCCGGCCAACGUUGACGCCCACCGCGCGGUCGCUGAAAUGGUUGCCCGGGAAAUGAUCGCCCAGAACGGAUAUCUGUACACUUAUGGACCGGCAGGAGCGCUGCUUCAGGCGGAAACUGGAACCAUUACGGAUUACGUGGCCGGCACCCAGGGAGUUCAGUACGCGUUCGUGCUGGAAACUCGCGGUGGAGCGCAGAACAUCUACGACCUGCCGGCGGCACAGCUCGAAGAGGUUCUGUACGAGACGGCCAUGGGCCUGAAGGUUAUGGGAGAAUACGUGGCCGGAAUCCGUCGCGUCUAAGGAUCUGUGAUAUUCGGAGCA